AUGCUUGUUCUCGACAUACUAGAUGGUGGUCAUGAAAUCGAAGACCAAGAAAACACUCAGAUCCAGGCUUGCGAGCAUCCGCGUUGUCCCAAUCCAGAGUUCAACUUCAAAGUCUUCGACACUGUUUUGAAACAUUUGCCACUGGACUACCACAAACGGAUUGCAGCGCUGCGAUUCCAAGAUCACGACAUGCAGCAGCCUAUCUUCGCUUCGACUGACGUGCUUCCAAGAGUCAACGACAAUGUGCUUCCGACUUAUUUGGACCCUGUAGUGACCAUCUGCAACAAAUAUCUACUUGCAGAAUCCUCGACACUCUUUGUGUACGAAACCCAACAUGUGAAAGACAGACAAGUCGCGAGAAUAUAUCUGCAAGACACGGAUGUCAAGAAAUUACAGCUUAUUUUCUAUUGCAUUGUCCGCUAUUUUCUUUCGACAUCCCGAAAGCUCAAACUGACACCGGAGGCAAACACCCAGGCACCCAAAGGACAAAUCUGUUGGGCGGGCAUUCCACAGCUAAGAGACUACGUUGAAUGCAGCCACGUAUCAGAGCUCCUCGAAGAAUUCGAAGACGUAUUCCAUGAAGAGAAACCCAAGUUUAUCCUCAUUACUGAUGCGGAAAGAGUUCUUAUGAUCAGCCACGUUAAUGACUAUCAUGUGAAUCGAAGUACCUUCCUCAACGCUUAUUGGCUUGCGCGAGGCCGCCAAUCUUUGCGACACGCACUAUGUCUUCUCUUGUGCCAGGCCGAGGAGUGCAAUAUGAAUACCGACCCGUGGCCAAAGUUUCUUCAGGGUGCGCUCAACGACCCAAACCUGAUUCAUGCAUCGCAGCAGCAACAGCACACCACCUUUCGCGACUUCGACCGCUUCACCCUCCAAAGAAGCCUUCCGUACCUGAAACAGUUUAUCAAUUGGAAAAGACAAGAGUCUGAACGACUCAGCGCCCCUUUCAUUGGGCCAGGCACGAUGCUGGCCGUUGAUGUCAAUGCUUUCAUGCGAGAUGAGAGUCUAUGGCGGUCUCCAUUUCCCAAACCGUUGAUUCCUCCUAGUACCAAAGAAUUUGUUGGCCGCAAUUUGUGCCAACGACUUCGCGAUGUAGACGAGAUAUUAUCUGGCGGACAAAAUAUCACAUUUGAGGUGACAGAAGUCAUUCGACACGAACGUGAUACAUUCUCGCAGGUAUUCUUCGGUGUCCUUCGCGCUGCAGACGGGCGUGUUUCUGCACCAAUAUGUGUCAAGAUAUUCCUUGAUCUGCUGUUUCCGGUGGAUGCUGCACUGCUUCUUCAUGACUUUGAAACUGAGGAUGCUAUGUGGCGACUGAGCUCGUUACAUUGUCCCGAAGACCUGGCGAAGCUGGAAGAGGCUGCAUACGAGCGACUGCAAGAGCAUCAGGGAACGAUGGUCCCCCAUUGCUACGGUUUUCAUCGAACUACUCUGCAAGGCAAAUUCACGGCACUUGGAGCGAUCCCGAUGCUGCCAAAGAUGGCACGACAUGCUAGAGAGUGUUUCCGGACGCUGCUAUACGCUGGGAUAAACCAGGCGGACUUCCGCCCCUCCCAAAUCAUGCUUCCCGACGGGCCCGAAUACCGACCGGAGCGCGACAGUGUGGUGCUCAUCGACUUUGACUUCGCAUUCCAGCGUUUUGGAGACGAGCAGCGCCGAAAUAUUGCUGCGACGAUGCAAAUCCGAGAUGCCAUCGACCUUUUGGAAAUAGGCAUUCUCGCCAUCCAAUGUGAGGUCCACACACUCUUCCGCCGAAAGCUUUUUGUAGAAGAUACUUUCCAUCGCAAUGAGUGGUAG